UCGACAAUUUUUUUCCGGUUUUCUUCGCGAAGGACAAAGUGUAAUUGAUGAGUGUGCAUCAUUUUGAAUACUGUUUCUCAGCUCCAUUUUGAAUUCAUUUUUAGUCCAUUGAGAACUCCACCUCGUAAGUCAUGCAUUUCCGCCCAUGAUAGGUCAUAAUGACGAGUACAGCAAAGAUAAACAAUUCAGAAUAACAAAUAACACAGUUGGAUCUCUGUGCUAAUCAAUGGCUUUGGUUUCCAAAACAUGUUCGGCAAAAACUCCUUGAAGGAAGAAAUACAAUGGGAAAAAGGAUCGAGUCUGAUAAGCGAUUUGAAYGAAUUUACUAGAAACUCUUGUCUUUUUUGAUGAAAUGGCUUUUAUUCCCGCCCUUACCUUGUCUAGGGCGCUGGUGGCAGAUAGUCUAUCAUUAAAAGACAAGAGUUUAAACACUUUGCGAAAUAAUUGGGACUGAAAUAACCUAUAGCCAUUAAGAAUCUGAUUUCCGAUAUUCGAUAUAAUCUGACAAUCUUCGUGCUUGGCGCAGUUCGAGGCUAUGAACAGUACAAUUAACACUACGGCUCCAGGGCCAACGACAUUUACCGAACCACAAGCCUCUAUAGGUUUUCGUCUUACUUUAUUUGGUGUUGUGAUUUUUUCAUCACUUGUUGGCAAUUUCAUGGUGGUGAAAGCCUAUCGUCAGCAACCACAUCUGAAAAAACCGUUCACAUAUUUACUUGUGACGAACUUGGCGAUUGCCGAGUUUAUUGGAACACURUGUUUGCCGUUUUUUCAAGUCUACGAUGAGCUCAAGUCAUGGCCGUUUGGUGAUUCCAUGUGCCGUCUUAUAAAUGCCUGCAUGUUGAUAUCAUACUUCGUUAUUCCCUGGUCAUUGGCAGCCAUUGCGUUCGUUCGCUGCAAGGCUUUUUCCAGUGGUCAACUGUUUCAUCUGUCAGGAAGAAUCACAACCUCCGUUCUGGCCUUGAUGUGGAUUUCUGGUUUGCUUGUUAGCGGGCCAACUUAYAUAUUUGCCAAGCAAAUCAAAGCCGUUUACGGUAAUCAUAACUAUUGGUGCAUUGAACUCUUUCCUGGAGAUACGCUUACAACAUUCCCAUCAGCUGAACUUACCAGAUAUUACUUUGUCCGAUUCAUCCUUAACUUUGCUCUGCCAGGAUUGAUAAUCAUUAUGGGAUAUGGAGGAGUUGCAYUGAAGCUGAAAAGACACCUCACCAACAAGAAGUGCAUCUGUUCGCCCAGCAACACACAGGUCACAAGUGUGAUUGAACUCGAUCCAGAACUKCCAGCCAAAGAAAAACCCUCCUCAGAAGACAUUGCAGUGAUCAGUUCACCAUCGUGUACUCUUGCACUUCCGAGGGAAAAUCCCAACGCAAAACUCAACCAAGUGAAAAAUAUGGAACACGACCUUUUGAGAAUGAUUUACAUCAUCGUGGUAGUGUACUUGGUGUGUUAUAUACCUUACCAAACAGUCUUCCUGAUGGAAUAUUUCUGGCACGAACCAUGGAUGAAGAGCGAAUAUUACGCCAUUAUCAGGAAGUAUGUCUACUUGAUCACGUGUUUACCGAGCGCYCUCCACCCGAUAUGCUAUGGAACCAUGAGUAAGUUUUACGCRCAGGCCUUUUCCACAGUAAUGCUUUGCAAGAAGAAACCAACGAAACUUAGUAACAUCAUUUUUGAAAAUAGACAAUAGUAUWUUAGACCGUCAAUUUUCCWUAAAACGCCGGAUAUAUCCAUGCUCUCAAUUGAUUCUAAGAUUUAAAGCAUCGUAGGCCUAUUUCUCGAUCUUAUAAGCCUUUUAAUGUUCGUAUAAAUGCCCACAGURGAGAGAGAAAGUCGGAUCGGGGUUCUUUGAGAGUGMGAAAUCCUCUCCAGUGUAAAAGGUUUCCUGUAACCGAAAGCGAAAACAAUUAUAUCUCAAGAGAACUCGUGUAGAGUUAUAUGAUAAAGUCAGAGAUAACAAGAACUGACUCUUGUAGAGUUUCAAACUGAUUAUUGAUAGACGUUUCUUGAAACUCAUUUUUGCKGUAGGACUUUGUAGAGAUGUUGCUACGUACUACUAACGUCUUGAUACAUAAUAUUCUCAUAAUCAUGAUCGGCCGGUAUUCUUUAAGAACUUUUGUUCAAUUUUAAAAAUAAAUAUGUAUACAUCGUAAUAUAAGAAAAAAACAUAAAAAAUAAAUAAAUAUCCCUUUAUGCUUUAUGAAGAAAGAUGUUUUAAGAUUUGUUCAUAAAACCGACGGAUAACCAGAAAGGGAUUGCGAAUAGAUAUAUUUAAAGCCGCCUCUUCUAUACACAUGAAAUAUCUAAACUACGACUGCACUGAAUGCCGGUUAAUCAUGGUUCUUUAAUCUUGUAAGAUAAGUCCUAUUACAUGCUAAGAGGUACUAGAAUUUGCUACAAUGCAAAUGUUGACUAUUACAUGAAAACAAUGAUAGAGUAGUAUCUAGAAUAAUAACAAUUUGCUAUAUAUGUAUCCUGUUAUAUAAUGAAAUAAAACUUAUAAC